UUGGCAUAGAUAACUUGUCUGUUUGUGUUCAUUUUGUAUCAUUGAUGAUCAUCCCCGGUAAUGCCUGUUUCACAAUGGGUUUGAUAGCAGCUUUAAAUGAAAUGCUGCACAGCCUGGUUUAUCCUUCAUUAUGUAAAGAGAAUUCGCUACUUCCUGUGAUCAUCUACUGUCUCUGUAUUCUGAUGUAGUCACGUGAGAGAAGCAUUGUUUGAUAUCUUUAUUCAGUGUGUUGUAUCUGUCAUCUACAUUGAUUAAUGCUUACUGUACUGUGCUUGUCUAUUAGUACUUUUCCAUUCAUUUCACAAUUGUUGUGAAACAACUAACUGAUGAACUGUUGUGUAACCUGACACAGUAUUAUUCUGGUCUCUCAGUGCCAAGCCGGAUGGAUCUGGGUGACAUCAUGCAUUAUAAAUAUGGGUCCGCAGAAAGGUUGCACUGUAGACAGAUGGAUGCAGAACAGACAUUUUCACUCUUAUGAGCCUCGGCGGCAUGCACCUAGGGUUCUUAUUUAUCAUCCAUCAAUGGUGCUGGACACGUGUGACCUGUAGGAUCUUGCUGGCUUCGUGAAGAAGACACAUAGGUCUCAUCUCCAUACUUAAUAUUAGUGGUGGGGAUGGUGCAGGGAAAGUGCCUCAUGAACCAUCAUCCGGACAAGAAUGUAGCAUGGGAAUCUCACAAGUUUGCAUAUCUACCUCAGUGAAAGAAUUUACUUCAGUUGAGUCAGGCCAAGCCAGUUGCAACCAAAAGUCCAUUCUUUUGUCUCCUGGACCAUUCAAUUAUGGGACUAGUAUCUUUAUAUAAAACCAUGCCAUGCUUUUGAGGGUCUGAGCUACUGUCUGCCAUUCUGUUCUGAUUUCAGAUUGGUUCUAGAGAGAUGGGUCUAAAGGUGUUUAAUUGGCUGAAUCAAAAGAUGCAUUCUAAUACCGAGUACUGGACGAUCCAUGGGAACAAAGCCAUGGAGGAGAAGGAAGAUUCUGUGCGUCGGAGUGUGGCUGAGAAGGACACUGAAGCCCUACUGCUCCGUGAUGUUCUUCUUAACGGUAUACUUGCAAUUGGCACAUUUGGUCACCACGUAGACUCCCUCUGUCCUGAGGCCUGCAUUGAAGGUGGUGGUCUCAUCAUGGUUGAAGAUAAUUUGGAGGAAGAGAAAUAUGAAGAGGAUAGGAAUGAUAAGGUCAAAGAAGACACAUUGGCUACAGCACCAAGUGAACCAUCACCUGUUGUUGAGCCUGUCAAGAUGCAUUCAUCAUCGAUGAAAGAAGACAACUUCACGUGUUUUGUAAAAGAAGAAAUCCUGAUGCAUGAGGUGGAAGAUGGGGGUGUUGCCAAUAUCCAGGAACGACCACUUCUGAUGGUAGAGAAGGUGGAGAAAGUAAGAACUACACUUGCUGAUUUAUUUGCUGCAGAAGCAUUCUCAUCAAGUGCUCCAGGGGAGACGAAUUACCAGAAUAUCACCAUUGCUGCUGGACCGUCCACUUCAAAGCCUACACCAUGCAUGGAAAAGAUGCAUCAGAAGAAACCAACAAAGCCAAUACCAAAGCCACUGAAGGCUACAAGAAAAUUAAGUCAGAAGGUCAUGAGGAAGAUGUUAGGGAAGAAGAUCCACCCAGAGCAGCUCAACGGGCGUAGCAAUGCAGAGAGCCCUCUUACUGCAUGAUUCCUACUUGCCUAGUCUUGCGGACAAGUUUGCUUCUCUAUCUGGAGUCCUUGGAUACCUAUGCUUCGGAUUCCUUGCCCGAGAGAAACAUCCAUGCGUUGCGUCGACAAUGUUGAAGUACUGUUUUGUUGAGUGUUUCGUCGCCAGUGAAGAAUAUCUUCUACUUCUGUUUCCCUAUAUUGCAUAUACAUUUGCAUUGUGGUGGCUUGUAAAAUGUCGUUCUCUGCGUACUGUCCGUGCCGCGUUGUCUCGUCGUCGUGGUAAAAGUAAUAAUAAACGUGUACUUAUUCGUUUGCA